AUAUUUAUAAAAAUUGCGUAAUUAUUUACAAUCACCGCUACUUUUAGAUAUAGCGUACACUUAUUAAUAUUCCGCACGAACUCGCACUUACAUCAUCUGUGUUAAGUUUAAAGUGAUUUUUGUCGGAAUUGGUGAAAUAAUUAAUAUGGCAAACUGGCCAGCUCUUGGUUCUAUCAUCCUGCCCAAUGUUGGUGGUUGGGUUAAUGGACUGUAUUUUGCUGGACAAAUACGUUCAGAAGAGGGCAAGUCUUGGUAUGAUAAUUUGAAGAAGGCACCGUGGAACCCACCCAAGUGGGUGUUCGGGCCAGCCUGGACUGUUCUAUACAGCAGUAUGGGAUAUGCUUCUUAUUUGGUGUGGGAAGAGUGUGGUGGUUUUAAUGAAUCUUCAGUAGUUCCUCUCUCCCUCUACGGAGGUCAGUUGGCUCUCAACUGGGCAUGGACUCCCAUAUUCUUUGGCAUGAAGGACUAUAAACUGGCUUUUAUUGAAAUAGUAGUGCUGGGUGCGGCAGCUACCGCUACCACGAUAUCUUUCGUGCACUACAAUAAGACAGCCGCGGCUCUAAUGCUGCCUUACCUCGGCUGGUUGGCCUACGCCAGCUCACUAUCCUACUACGUUUGGAAGAACAACCCCAAAGCAGACCCCAGGGUCACCGAGAUCAAGGAUGAGAAGACCCAGUGAAGAAACUGGCCAUCUUUAAAAAAUUCGAACAAAAUCAUUUAACCUAAAAGUCUGUACUUUGUAGUUAAGCAUUUCCUAUUUAACUUUUUAUUGUAGGAAAUAUCACAAUUAUCUUGUAGUUAUUUUUCUUUUCGUAUUUAAUACGAA